UAAACCGAGAUGUAAGAGUCAAAAUGUUGAUGAGAUUUUUGCAAAAGAAGUACUAAAAGCGAAGCACGCUAGGAAAUGCCUUCAGAAAUGAUUAAGACAAACAAACACUAAACCCCUAAAAACCCUAGAACCUUCUUUCCGAUGGCGGCGGACCGCCUUCCGCCAGAAAUAGUCGCCGAAAUCUUCUCCCGCGUACCAGUAAAAUCACUUCUCAGAUUCCGAUCAAUUUCAAAAUCACUUAAAUCCCUAAUCGAUUCUCACAGCUUCACUAACCUUCACCUCAAAAAUUCCCUCAACCGAUCCUUAAUCCUUCGACACAAAUUCGAUCUCUACCAACUCCAAAUCGAUGAUGAUGAUGAUUUCUCCAAGUCGAUUAUUCCACUCAACCAUCCUUUCAAGACCGUUCCUAUCACGCGUACCAGCUUCAUGCCUCUUAUUGGUUCAUGUAACGGCCUCCUCGCCAUUUCCAAUAGCCAAAUCUGCUUCACGCAUCCUUACGCCCCUAACGAAAUCACAGUCUUGAACCCUAACACUCAUAAACAUCGGAUUAUCCCUUUUCUCCCUCUUGCUAUCCCUAACAUUCUCGAGUCUGAAAACAUUGAUCGCGCCGGUGUAUGCGUUCACGGCUUCGGUUAUGAUCCAUUAACCGGCGAUUACAAACUCCUCAGAAUCUCUUGGAUAGCCGACCUACAUUACUCUUUUGAUCCACAGGUGAGACUCUUCAGCUCCAAAACUAACUCGUGGAAAAUCAUUCCUAGUAUGCCGUACGCUCUUCAAUAUGUUCAAGCUAUGGGGGUUUUUGUUCAGAAUUCUAUCCACUGGGUAAUGACUCGGACAAUUGUUGAGUCACACCCUUGUUUCAUUGUCGCUUUUAACCUAACACUUGAGACUUUCAAUGUGGUUCCUUUUCCUGCUGAAAUAGAAGGUGAAGAGGUUACAAUUGCUGUUGCUGUUUUAGGAGAGUGUCUUUGUAUGACUGUGAAUUAUGAAACUACUAAAAUUGAUGUUUGGGUGAUGAAACAAUAUGGUUCUAGAGAUAGUUGGUGUAAACUUUUUACUUUGGUUAAAUCGCGGUUCACUUUGAAAUCUUUGAGGCCUUUAUGUUAUUCUAGGGAUGGAAGUAAGGUUCUGUUGGACGGAACUCAGGUUUUGUUGGAGGUAAAUCAUAGGAAGCUGUUUUGGUAUGAUUUGAAGAGUGAACAAAUUAGUUAUGUUGAAGGAAUUCCUAAUUUGGAUGAAGCUAUGAUUUGUGUUGAAAGUCUUCUACCACCUUCCUUCCCUGUUGAUAAUUGUAGGAAGAAGGAGAAUCAUACGAACAAGAGAAAGAAACGGGAGGACUUCUUGUCCCGAGGAUUUAAAUUGAGAUUGUAAGGGAUGGAAGUAAGGGCCUGUGAUGUGCAGCUGAAACAGGAUUCUCAAAAGUUGUUUGUUGUGAUGGAAUUAGUUACCUUGGUUUGUGGGGAAGGUUGAAUUGAUAUUGAAAGGAGCUGCAUCCAUUUUUCUCUCUUUUUGAAUUGUAUGUCUGAGAUCACACUUAUCCCUCUUGUGUAAAAAUCUGACAUUAGGGUAUGUAGAAUUUGAUGAUGAACCCUCUCUCCCUCUGACCUAUCUAAAAGACUUCUGCUUUUGUCUUUUACUUCUAGUACUGUUGAGGAAAUAUGGAAGCACAAUGAGGUUGGUUAUUGUAUGAAAAGUAUCUUUUAUUUCCGGUAUCUCUAAAUUCUAAACUCUUACAACAUGCUGAUGACAGCACAACGCGGUUGGUUAUUAUUGUAUGAAAAGUAGUGCUCCUUUCGUGCGUGUUUGUUUGUGUGA